CCGGAGCUGAAGGUGACGCUGGCCCGACUCUCUACCUCCAUCCACCCGCCGUUCAGACGUAUCCUCCCCGGUCUGCUCCUCCUCCAGUACCGCGCCGCGACCUUCUGCUUCUCCCGGAGAAACCAUGUCCUUGUUCAGCGAAGUCCCGCAGGCUCCUCCCGUGGCCGUGUUCAAACUGUCCGCGGACUUCAGGGAGGACAGCCACCCGCAGAAGGUCAACCUGGGAGUCGGGGCUUACCGCACCGACGACUGCCAGCCCUGGGUGCUGCCGGUGGUGAAGAAGGUGGAGCGGCUGAUCGUGGAGGACACCAGCCUGAACCACGAGUACCUGCCCAUCCUCGGCCUGCCCGAGUUCCGCUCCGCCGCCUCCAAGGUCGCUCUGGGAGAAGACAGCUCCGCCAUCAAGGACAACAGGGUCGGGGCAGUCCAGGCUCUGGGUGGAACCGGUGCCUUGAGGAUCGGGGCCGAGUUCCUGCGCCGCUGGUACAACGGCACCAACAACACGUCCACGCCCGUCUACGUGUCAGCGCCCACCUGGGAGAACCACAAUGCUGUGUUCGCUGAUGCUGGUUUCAAAGACAUCCGGCCCUACCACUACUGGGACGCUGCUAACAGAGGCCUGGACCUCACCGGGCUCCUGGACGACCUGGAGAAAGCUCCAGAACACUCCAUCUUCAUCCUGCACGCCUGCGCUCACAACCCGACCGGCACCGACCCCACCCAGGACCAGUGGAAGCAGAUCGCAGAGAUCAUGAAGAGGAGGAAGCUGUUUGUGUUCUUCGACUCGGCCUAUCAGGGCUUCGCCUCUGGCUGUCUGGAUAAAGACGCCUGGUCCAUCCGCUUCUUUGUCUCCGAGGGCUUCGAGCUCUUCGUAGCUCAGUCCUUCUCCAAAAACUUCGGCCUCUACAACGAGCGGGUGGGGAACCUGACGGUGGUUUCCCAGGACAAAGAGGAUCUGACCCGGGUCCUGUCUCAGAUGGAGAAGCUUGUGAGGACGACCUGGUCCAACCCUCCGUCCCAGGGAGCGCGCAUCGUCAGCAAGACCCUCAACUGCCCCGAGCUGUUCGCUGAGUGGAAAGGGAACGUGAAGACCAUGGCCGACCGGGUUCUGUUGAUGAGGGAUGAGCUGAAGUCGAAGCUGCAGGCCCUGGGCACCCCGGGGACCUGGGACCACAUCACCCAGCAGAUCGGCAUGUUCAGCUUCACCGGCCUCAACCCCAAACAGGUGGAGUACAUGAUCAAGGAGAGGCACGUGUACCUGAUGGCCAGCGGCCGCAUCAACAUGUGCGGCCUCACCACCAAGAACAUCGACUACGUCGCUGAGUCCAUCCACGAGUCCGUCACCAAGGUCCAGUAGAGGGCGACUUCCCUGUGCGCCCACUUCCUGCCUCCUGCACGCCACAGGAAGUAUCACCGUGUCUGUGCCCCCUGUCCCCCCCCCCCCUGCUUAACCUCUCCUCUGAUUGGACAAAACUGCAGCAGGGUUAUUUGCAGUUGAGCCAAUGGGAGGAGGAUGUGUUUUCUGUUCUCACGGUAAAGUACUAAUCUUUGGGAGGUGCAAUGACUUUAGGAAAACACUUGAACAGUCGGGUAUCGCUGACGCAGAGUUCUGUUCACCAGAACUAUAGAAUAUUAUAUUAAUUAAAAUGUCUCUGAUCCAUUUCCUGCCUCACA